UUAGAGGCUUUAGUUUGGUUUGAACAGGCGACACCAGUUAACCACACCACAGUACCACACCCAUCUCUGCUCUUUUUCUCCCUGUUUUUCUCUCGAAGCGAGAAACCGAAGGAAAAUCACAUCAGUGAUUUUCCUUUUUGAGAUCCAAUCAUGAGCAAUGAAUAUGAUUAUCUGUUCAAGCUCUUGCUAAUCGGGGACUCUUCUGUUGGAAAGUCGUGUCUGCUUCUCAAAUUUGCUGAUGAUUCCUAUGUGGACAGCUACAUCAGUACCAUUGGUGUGGAUUUUAAAAUUAGAACUGUGGAGCUGGAUGGGAAGACAAUUAAGUUGCAGAUUUGGGAUACUGCAGGACAGGAGCGCUUCCGUACUAUAACUAGCAGUUAUUACCGAGGAGCACAUGGGAUAAUAAUUGUCUAUGAUGUCACUGAGAUGGAGAGCUUCAACAAUGUGAAGCAGUGGUUGAAUGAGAUUGAUAGAUAUGCUAAUGAUAGUGUAUGCAAGCUUCUUGUUGGAAACAAAUGUGACUUAGUUGAGAACAAGGUUGUGGACACUCAAACUGCAAAGGCAUUUGCAGAUGAGCUUGGGAUUCCUUUCUUGGAGACAAGUGCAAAGGAUUCGAUAAAUGUGGAGCAGGCUUUCUUAACCAUGGCUAGCGAGAUUAAGAAAAAAAUGGGUAACCAGCCAAAUGCUAACAAGUCAACAGGAACUAUUGAGAUGAAGGGCCAGCCCAUCCAGCAGAAGAACAACUGUUGUGGUUAGCUGUCAAAACUGUAAUCUCAAGCGUUCUACGAAAUAUGAGACGGUGAAACAUGUUGACUUUAUGAUCUUAGGCAACUUUCAAAAACUGUUGAAUAUUGUGUUUGAAGCUGUAUCUAUGUGAAUAUUUAAUUUCUGUCAUUAUUCCGAGUGCAAUCUGAAAUUUUCUUGAAAAGAUAAAGAAAUUCAGAUGGUUCUGCGUGAAUAUCUUAGAUUUGUAAAUUAGAAAUGGCUCAAGUGUGAAGUUUCAGCGGCA